GGGAAAUAAAAAUUGCAAUGUAAGCUAAAAGACAAAACUAUAGACGCAAAUACAUAAAACACAUACAAUGAAUAUAAACGAUAAAAUGGGAACUGAUUAAAAAAGACUCGAAAAAAACGAGGAUAAUGUCACACUGGUAUAGAAAACAUAAUCUAUAGUGUAGGAGUUACAAUUAUAUAACCGGUAUGCUAGUUUAUUUUUUUAUUUAUUUAUUUUUUCUUGAUUUGUGAACGGAAUCCGGUUAUUAUUGAUCACUCAUACCAAACACGAGUCUAAUUCACUUCCACUUACAUCAGGAUUGAUGGGGAUAAAUAACAUGUAGCCUACACGGUUCCGCUAGUAAACCCCAGCCACGUUUACAAUCAGAUCAAUUGACUGCGUCUCUACUCAACGAACCGAGAGCGAAAGGAAGGAAAACACUUGGGCGAUCAGCGUUUCGACAUGAAAAAUGACCUCAGCCUACCUGCUACAGACAGUGAAAGCAGCUGGGAAAUGUGAUACGGUGUUUAAAGGGUUCUCAGACUGUUUGCUCAGACUGGGAGAGAAUAUGGCAAACUACCCACAGGAGCUGGACGAUAAAGAGAAACUCCAGACGAUAUGCACAUAUUGGGAUGAGUUUCACGUCUGCGCUACCACCGCGCUUGCAGAUUGCCAAGAAGGAGCGACUGAUCUUUGGGAAAAACUGAAAAAGGACUCCAGAAACCUCGAAUUUCGGGGUAGUUUGUUUGAACUGUGUGGAGGGGGCACCGGAGCAGCAGAAUCUACUCAUCGUCACUGCUUCACCAUUAUUCUUAUAGCAAUCUCUGCUCUAGUGACAUGGCUCGCGUUCUAAAAAAAUAAAUAAAUAAAUAAAUAAAUAAAUAAAUAAAAAUACAUAUUAAUAGAUAACGACAGAAAACAUCCAGCAAUCAAAAUCACCGAAUCUACACCAUAAUGGAUUUAUAUGUUAAACUUCCAUAGUUGUGGGGGACGUGAUCGUGACAUUGAAAACCUCGAUUGUUUUGAAGUGUUGGAAACGUUUGAUCUUCUCCUUCUUGUGAUUUGUUUUCUUUGCCAAAUUUGUUACCAAACAAAGUCCUGAACAGCAGCCAAAAAAGGGGUCAGCUUUACCCCGUCGCUUCUACAAUAAAUCAGCGUGCACCACCUUUAAAUAAACUCAGGAAAGGCCUUGGUCAUUAAAACAAGCUGGGACAUUCACAAGAAAAAGAGGUAUUAAAAAGAAAA